AACUUGAUCCCAUCCAAAGAUCACACUUCAACUCAGCCUUCAUCCACAACCUUCAUCACUAUGUAUUCCAACAUGUCCAUCUUCUCUAGAGCAACCAUCCUGGCUCUCUUUGCUACACAAUUUAGCAUACCCUCAUUUGGCCACCCAGUCUUGGAGCAACGCACCCCUCCCAUCGUCAUGGGGUCAGCCAUAACCUUCGGCGCGAUCGCCGCUACGACUCUCACCUCCACCGGUGCAACAGUGAUUACAGGAGACUGUGGCACCUGUCCCGGCACAGGAAUCACCGGAUUCGGCGCCGGGGCCGGAGUAUGCACUGGCAGCAUUGACGCUGGCAACACCGCCGCUUGCAACGCGGAGGCCGACUGCCUCACGGCCUACAACGAUGCCGCAGCGAAGGCCCACACCAAUACUCUCGCUGCCACCGACCUCGGCGGCCUAACCUUAGACCCAGGAGUCUACAUCUUCCCAACUUCCAACGCCGCUCUCUCCACCACACUAACGCUCAACGGGACAUCCAACGCCAACGGCCAAUUCAUCUUCCAGAUCGCGACCACGUUCUCGGCCUCCGCUACCACAUCGGAAGUCGUGUUAGUUGGCGGCGCCCAGGCCUGCAAUGUCUACUUUAUUGUUGGCUCUUCUGCUACUAUUGGUGCGGGGAGCCAGAUGCAGGGGAAUAUUCUGGCGUAUACGAGUAUUGCUAUCAAUUCUGCGGCGAGCAAUAAAGGGACGUUUUGUGCGCUUAAUGGAGCUAUUACUUUGAUUGAUAAUGCGCUUACUGCGCAGGCUACUUGUUCUACUUGAACACGUUGCUCUGCGAAGCGUGGGUUGAAACGGGUGUGGGACAGGAAAAUGCUUGGACUGAAUACUUUUCUUUCUGUUGGUUGAUGAGUGCUGGAGCUUUUAGAGCCAUAAUGGAUGCUGGUGGUAGGAUAUGACUAUUCCAUGCUUAAGGGUUAAGAGUCCCUUUACCUCGUUGCAGUGGCUUGAUAUAAAGUUUCAUACCUAAAAGUAGCGGGUUCUCAAUAGCCAGAUAAAUACCAAAGGUUUCGAGGGC